AUAAAUUGCUCGUUCAAAUCGAGAAAAAAAUAAGAAAAAAGUUAAAUUAUGUGUUGAAAGAGUUAAAGCUCCAAACCUUAAAUGGUUUAAUAAAUAAAAAAAAAAAAUUAAAAAAAAUUGUUAAAAGAAAAAAAUCAUAUAAAAAAUUAAUAUAAUAAAAGAAAACAUCAUGUUUGGAAAAAUAAAUAUAAUAAUUCUAACUCUACUUUGGAUUAGUAAUUCCUAUACAUCAGGAACUCAAGUGUAUACUCCACUAAGCCAAAUUGGAAUAUCCAUCCCAAAUGCUCCCGACACUCUUGCCAUCCUGCGAGGAAUUCCGUUAACGAAAUUGCAUGUGGAACAAUAUAUUGAUACAAAUCACAUUCACUACUUUUACUACGAAAUCGAGCCAGGUAACACUGGCGCCUUGCGUAUCGAUAAGAAGACAGGUGAACUCUGGAUCGGUCCUAAUUUUACUGCAGUCGAGGACACCACAACUAUACUAAUCAACGUUAAAUCUGACCUGAAAGUUGUCCUUGCAAGAAUUAGUGUAACCUUGACACCCAUUGAACCUGCAAAUGUGGAGGAGUUUUGUGACAAAUACACCUCAAAAUUAUGUUUUUUCGAUUCUGUUUUGUACAAUAUCCCGGAAAAUAAUCGUUUGAUGGAAGAAGUGGGCGUACUUGGACCGACAGCAUAUAAAAAGAUAUGUCCACAGGCCACAAUUGAAUAUGCUAUGAUGAAUGGUACUGAUUAUUUCACCGUCAUUAAUGACACUCUGAUAACAAAGAACGCAUUGGAUCACGAAAAUUUCAAUCCUGGACCAGAGAUAACGAUUAAAGUUCAAUGCAACGUUCAAUCCCAUGCAAAAUCAACAAUUCACACUCAUUUUCAUACAUUUGCCGUUAAUAUUUUGGAUUUGAAUGAUAAUGGGCCAGUUGAACAAGUACCAGAUAAAAUUUUCGAAGCAAAAGUGGAAUUCUCACAAUUUAGAAAGGAUGACGAACUCAAACAUGAUAGCAUCAUCUUUCUAGAUGCCGAUAGUUUGCCCGUUAAUUACAACAUGAGAUUUUAUAUGGAAAACGAUACUUUACACGCAUUAAGACCUCUUUGUACUCCAUAUGAGCACGACUCGGAUAGCAAUGGUCCUAAACAAACCGUUUACAAUUGCAAGAUUGUAUUUGACAAAUUCGGAUUAAUACCCAGUUUUCCGUAUUGCGUAGCUUUGAAGGCAUUCGAUACGAAAAUCAUCAGCUCUGUAUCUCCAUUGGCACGUUCAAAAAUUUGUCUUGUCUCGUCAAAUAAAACAAAAUCAAGAUUGGAUAAUGAAUUGCCGCGAGCCGAGCCGUUAAAAGCUCUUCGAAUGACUGAGACCGAUGGCAGUAGCAGUAUUGAGAUCGAUGAAAUUUAUCCGUCGCGUCCCAAAAAAAAUAAAGUUAAACGUGGCGCCGAAAGAAUUUCCUAUCCCAAAAAUGUUACUUUGUACAAAAGUGCAACUAAUUUUUCUCGAGUCGUGCAACCAAUUAAUUUGACGGACUUUGCUAAAAGUGACUUUAAACUGAACUUUGGAUUCAAACUCACGAGCAAUGGAAUCGAGGGGCUAAAUAUCACUAAAAAUGGUGGAAUCGUAUACGUUUGGUCACCGGAAAAAAUUAGGAAUACUCUGAAAGGCAUCUAUCAAAUAACGAUCUCAUGGCAAAAUUAUUCAACAAAUGUUGAUUUGCAUUUGCAAGAAGGCAAUCGUUCGAAAAAAGAUCAAUUGGAGCUCAUGAGUUGCGCUGAAAUGUAUGACGAACAUUUAUGUGUGACGCAAGUAUCUUACGGGACCCCUAACGGACAUUGUCAAUGGCGAGCUCCGAUAAACAGCUCAAAGUUAUCUAGAGUUUAUGGAACUUGUAGUACAGACUUGGAACAUUGUCCAAAUAAUUAUUGUGAUCCCUUGGAAGCGCUUGGUGAGCGGUUGAAUCACGAUAUUUGCCCGCAAGAUUGUUCAAAAAUAGCGUAUCACGGUGGAUUCAUUAAUAAAGACACGGGUCAGGGCAUUACAAGCGGAUCUGGUAUUUGCACGUGCCAGGUAGGGAAAUGUUCGUGCAUGCCUUUGUCAGCUUGGGAAAAAUCUGCUGCGACGACUUCGGAGCCUUUUGCCGCGGGAACAAAACAACGAAUUGUAGAAGAAAAGAAAAGAGAAGCACAUUAUGGAGAUCACGUGUGGAUGAUUGUUGCUUCUGCAGUUUUCUUCGUAAUAUUCCUUUUAAUAUAUGCCAUGUUUGCCGUUCGUAACAAAAGUUAUAAACGAAAACUAAAAGAACAGGAAUUGAUGCACAUUGAGAAACUCAAGAAUGAGCCUCGUAUAAUAAACAUUGAGAUUCCACUUUCCAGCACGGAAGAUGGCAAAAUCAAAUAUAACUUUGAUGCCAAGUGGGAGGUCAAACGGGAAAACAUCAUUCUGGAAGAUACAAUCGGCGAAGGUGAAUUUGGAAAAGUUUUUCGUGGACAAGCACUUCAUCUACCCUUCACAAGCACUGUCAAUACGACGGUUGCCGUCAAAAUGCUUAAAACAGGAGCCAAUAAUUUCGAACUUCUCGCACUCAUGUCCGAAUAUGAAAUGCUUCAGGAUUUAUCGCAUCCCAACGUCAUCAAGCUUCUUGGGGCAUGUACAACUGCCGAGACUCCCCUCUUGAUUAUUGAAUAUUGUCACUUUGGAUCAUUGAAAAAUUUCCUUCGAAUGUCACGAAAAGCUGGAACGCAAAACGAAUACAUCAAUCAAGUUGAGCCAAUCACCGAAAAGGACGUUCUGUCGUUUGCCUGGCAAAUCAGUAAGGGAAUGUCCUAUCUGGCUGACAUGAAGUUGGUGCAUCGUGACUUGGCAGCGAGAAAUGUUCUCGUGACUGAAGGAAAAAUUUGUAAAAUUUCCGAUUUUGGCUUGACAAGAGAUAUUUAUGAGGAUGAUGCGUAUUUGAAAAAGAGCAAAGAUAGAGUUCCAGUAAAGUGGAUGGCUCCUGAAUCGUUGUCAGACCAAGUUUAUACAAUAAAAUCUGACGUGUGGGCUUAUGCAGUACUCUGUUGGGAAAUCAUAACUUUAGGAGCAUGUCCAUAUGCAGCGGUUCCAUUACAAAACUUGUAUAGUUUACUGAUUUCUGGUUAUCGCAUGCCCCGGCCCAAUAAUUGUUCGGAAGAAAUAUAUUCGAUCAUCCAGUCUUGUUGGGUAAUUGAACCCCAAAAGCGUCCCACUUUCGACAGUCUCAUGAAAAAAUGGGAAGAGCUCUUGACCCGUGGUGCUAAAUACUUGGAAAUGUCGAUUCCUGAGAGUCCGUUAAAAACUGUUGAUGACGAUGACGGAAAAAUUACGGAAACCAGUGAGGUGCCAAGCGAAGAUUCCAGCACGGAGACCGACGUGAUGUUGCGAAAUCCAGAGCCGUCUGCACCAAUUGAAGAUCCCAGUUUGUGCGAACCUCUAUGGACUCCUCCAUUGUUCGAUUCCCCCGAAAUCAAAGGCAUCGAUAAUCGCAGAUAUUUCGGCGAUAAUGUAACAAUCAAGAGCUGGCAGGCUGGAUAUGACUUCCCAAAGCCAUUCGGUGAACCCAAAACCAAAGAAACAGGUUGUAAACGGUACGAAAAUGAACCACCCAAGAAACUUUCAUGGUCCAGAUUGUCACAUCCUGAUUUGAAGUCUGAACUCAACAAGGCAAACUGCUAUGAUGUGCCAAUAAAUUCGAACAAACGUGUGCAGUCUUAUCUGGAAAUGGAUAAACUGGACCAACACGUACAAAAUAACUUGAAAAAUGAGGAAAAAGCACAAAAGUUGAGUAAAAAUUUGGAUGGAAUUUCAUUUACAUUUGUUUCAAAUUGAUAUUUGAAAGAAGAUGAAAGCUAAAUUUUGUUAUUAUUUGUCAUUACAUACAUUGAAAGUGUAAUAUUUUAUUAUAAGAAUUGAUAUGCCUUAGAAAAAAACUUUGAUAGUAUAGUUUUAAGUUUUGUUCGAAUUCCGAACUAUUUUGCUUUAAAUGUUCCCGUAAAAGCAUGAAAGACUACACAAGAAUACUGCCUGGACGCGAAUUUUGUGCAAAUUUUGUUAGUUUGUAAGUGAUUGAAAAGACUAGAAUACUAAGAAUGAUUUUGCUAGUCAACUCUAGAUAUAUAAGUGCUUCUCCUACUAUUAUAUUGAUAAGGCUUUUGAUAUUAAAUAACCAAAGAAUUAUUAUUAUUGUACCCCUACUAAAUAAUCACUUUCUUAAUGUUUACACGUAUUUAUUAAAAACA